ACGUGUCGAUGACGUCGAUGUAGGAAAACAAAAACAAAUCGACGUCUUGCAACACCUCUGUUGUGGUGUUUCACACUGUUUUGUCGUGUUUACUGUUUUCAGAGUCUCUCUCCGGCGGCUCCGGUCUGUGUUCAUGGUUGUGCUUUGUGUCCAGCUGAAGCUGUAGUUUACCGGUAACAUCACGUUAGUUCAGGAGCCAUGGCUCAGCAGAGAGGAGUCAACAGCCUGCAGUUCAACCAGGACCAGAGCUGUUUCUGCUGUGCUAUGGAGACCGGGGUCAGGAUCUACAACGUGGAGCCUCUGAUGGAGAAAGGCCACCUGGACCAUGAACAGGUAGGCAGCGUGGCCCUGUGCUCCAUGCUGCAUCGAUCCAACCUGCUGGCCGUAGUUGGAGGAGGAAUAAAUCCCAAGUUCUCAGAAAUAUCUGUGCUGAUCUGGGACGACGCUCGGGAGUCACGGGACCCCAAAGACAAGCUGGUGCUGGAGUUUACUUUCACCAAACCGGUCCUGGCUGUUCGCAUGAGGCAUGACAAGAUCAUCAUUGUGCUAAAGAACAGGAUCUAUGUGUACAGUUUUCCAGAUAACCCUGUCAAACUUUUUGAGUUUGACACCAGAGAUAACCCCAAAGGCCUGUGUGAUUUGUGUCCCAGUCUGGAGAAACAGCUGCUGGUCUUUCCAGGUCAUAAAUGCGGCAGCCUGCAGCUGGUUGACUUGUCCAACACCAAGCCUGGUACAUCAUCUGCCCCUUUUACCAUCAACGCCCACCAGAGUGAGAUCGCCUGUGUGGCGCUGAACCAGCCCGGCAGCGUGGCGGCUUCAGCCUCUCGCAAAGGAACACUCAUCCGCCUGUUUGACACAACGACUAGAGACAAGCUGGUGGAGCUGCGCAGAGGAACCGACCCGGCCACGCUCUACUGCAUCAACUUCAGCCAUGACUCGUCGUUCCUGUGUGCCUCCAGCGACAAAGGCACAGUUCACAUCUUCGCACUCAAAGACACCAAACUGAACCGCCGCUCUGCACUCGCGCGUGUUGGGAAGGUGGGCCCUGUGAUUGGUCAGUACGUGGACAGCCAGUGGUCAUUGGCCAGCUUUACCGUGCCGGCUGAGUGCGCCUGUAUCUGUGCUUUUGGAAAAAACACGUCCAAGAAUGUCAACUCUGUCAUCGCCAUAUGUGUGGACGGGACCUUCCAUAAGUACGUGUUCACCCCUGAUGGAAACUGCAACCGAGAGGCCUUCGACGUGUAUCUGGAUAUAUGCGAUGAUGAUGACUUCUGAGGCCGUUUUAAAGACCUUACUGGAAGGGCAACGAUGACAAAUGAAAAUGACUGGAGUUAAUGAUUAUUGUUGUGUUCUGGAGAGAAUCAGAGACGUGCAGAGAAACAGACUUUAUGCCGGGGCCUGUUUUAUGAAGUCCUUUGUGUUUGGAAUGAGUUGCAUCUACAGUAUGUAGCAGUGUGAAUAUAAAUACAGCCUGUAACCUUGGUGCAUCAUGAGUCUGAUGAAACCCUGACAUGGUUUACUGUAUUUAUGAGACGUUACUAGUUAAAGUCCAACUGAAAUUAAAACAUGUUUUUGUUAUGAAGCCAGUACA